AUGUCUGCAUAAAUCUAAGUUUGUUUAGACACGUUGGCUUUUGAUUAAAUUGAAGAAAUAGUUUUGAUUAAUGGAUAGCCUUCAGUCGAGUUAACUGUUUAUACACCCUUUAGUUAAUACUGUUUUGAAAGCAGCAAACCAAUCAAGGAAUUCUAUGAAUAUGUAUAACAUAUCCAGAAACAUUGUUUCAUGUUGUUAAGCCUUGACAAAGCUUAAAUCGAUCUCCUACAAAGUGUGAAGGACAAAGCCAAAACAAUCAUCGCGAUUAAUUAAUUAAUUGGUGAGCUAUUAUAUAGAAGAGAUCUGAUUACUAAAUAAAAAACCAUCAACUUAUUAGGUUUGAAUCAAUAAAUUUAAGUUUAUUCGCAAAUCAAAGCUUUAAUUCCGAAUAUAGUCAUGGGCUUCAAAAUCUCCGAUUCUAAUCUUACUGUGUCAUAGAUGAUAAUCGUCAAUUAGUUUUUGGUUGUCACUUUGGAGAAUCAGAGUUAAUUAUAAAAGUUUGGCAAAAUUUGGAAUCUGAUUGAACCUGAAAUUAUGGGUUAGAUGAUCGUAUUUGUAAUUGGAGAAGCAACCCCAUUUCAUAGAAUCUUUGAUAAAUAUUAUAGUUUCAAAUUAUUUUGUGUGGAAAAUAUCAAUGAUAGAUUGGUUGUAGGCACAUGCUAAGGAUCAUUGAUUAUAUACUAAAUAACUGAACAUUCUAUAUAAGAGAAAACAACUAUUUAAGUCUUGACGUCUCCCAUAUAUAGAAUCCAUCAUUUUAAUGAAGAAGUUUAUCUUGUCACAGAUAGUUAAGUCAAGAUUUUGGAUAGAUAGAAUUUUGAUUUGAUUGGAGGAGGAAGUCUUAAAAAUAGAUUGUAAGCAGCUUGGAUUUCUUGUUUAAAUUUUGAUGAUAAAGAGAAACUCUUGUUUUUAGGUACUUCACAAGGUUUCAUACUUGUUUAUAAAAGGACUGAAAAACUAGAAUACUUAAAUCAAAUCAAUUUUAAUGUCAAUACUUCAAUCAAAUCAAUUCAAAUUAUGGAAAAUUAUCUUUAUCCAUGCACUGAAAAUGGAGUUGCUAUUAUAUAAAUGAAAUAUAUGGAUAAUCAAUUCUAAUAUUAAGAGAAAACAGCAUUUGCAAGUUAGUUAAAAUUAGUUGGGUUCAAAAGAACAUAGAGUUCUGUAUUUGGAUUUACUUAAUGUGGAUUAUUAGUAUAAUGGAACCCAGAAAAUGGAUAAAUGAAUUAAGCAUAUAAAGUAGAUAAAAAUUGUUUAUUUGGAUUACAAAAAUCGAAUUCAAUAUUUAUUGUUACAAGUGAACAAAUGAUACAUAUAGUUAAUUUUUAAUGA